AAGAGGAAGUUGACAAAGAACUGCCCUGCCCACUUUUACCUGUCUCUGAGCCAGAUAAUCUGUCUUGAAGCUGUUCCAGGAAGAGUCUUUGUUUUAGAUGCAGACUCGGAACCAAGGAACUGCGUAAAAAUCUAACUUUUCACCCCUCAAAAUAUAAGGAUAUACAAGCUAUGGAAACAAUCUUGGCACCCCUAGUUUUCUACCUCCUAUUAAUGUCUUUUCAAAAGGCUCAUACGGAAAACCUGACUCUAUUUUCAACGACUGAUUUAAACCUGACGGAGUUCAGUACAACCACAGCUUCAUUUGACUCCACUGGAACUCAAACCGAGGAAACGGAUACAUACACCAGCACAAACCCGAACAAUCAAACCUUCACCACCACACUGGCUUCAACUGAAAACACAAGUGAACAUCAAACGCCUCAGUCAGCUACCACCAUGACUUCAUCAACAGAGUUACCAACAUCACAAUCUUCCGCAUCUUCCACGCAAGCCAACCAGACUACAACAGCUUUCAUUAGUACACCUGACACGCCAGAAAGUUCAACUGUAAAUUCAACUCACAGUGUCACAACAUACACAUAUCCACCAAAGAGCACAGAAGGUUUGAAACUUAACAUUUCUGAGAGGAAUCUGACUAUAAUCUUCAGUGGUAUGCUUGGUCUCUUUGCUUUGGCAACGGUUAUGAUCAUGCUUUACAAAUGCAAGCAUAAACUUCAGUACCUGCAUCAACCUCUUCACACCACAGAUGACACGGAUGGAUUCACAGUCGAUGAGGACACCCUUGUUAUUUCCGGAGGACUUUAUGAUGGCCAUCCGAUCUAUGACAAUCUACCACCCCCUCAUGAAGAACAGUCACAAUUUCGCCUGGAAUUCCGUCAUUAAAGAAAAGAUCUGAAAUCACCAAUGUGUUUGAUGACUUACUGACAUGGAAAAAAAAACAAAAAAAAAAACAUUCUCAUCCAGGGAGUCCUAUUAGAAGUUGGGACCUGUGAGUAGAAUUAUUUUCCAUACGUUAAUAAAAAUGUAAAACAAAA